AUGAUUGCUAAAGAACGUGAUGGGAUAUGUCUUUCAACUGAAUAUAAAGAUAACAGAACUCCAUUAAUGUGGCACUGUUCUAAGAACCAUGUAUGGAGUGCCCCACUUUCUAGAAUUAAAAAUUUAGGACAAUGGUGUCCACAAUGUGCAGGUAAUAUGAAACUUACUCUCGAGAUCGCUAAACAAAUUGCGCUAUUAAGGCAUGGAGAAUGUCUAUCAGAAAG